AUGACUGACACAUUUGUCGAUGAUCCUGAUAACAACACUGAAUCUUAUCAAUUUGUAUUCGAGGACCCGGGCUCUUGGCCAGAUCGUCGACACCUUUAUUCAGUGAGACCUCCGACUGUCAACGUGCGCAACGGCAUCAGCAGAUCUCAACAAGAACUCAUUCCAGGCCGAGUGAGUCAAGAAAGACGACCCAUCUCCAAUGACCAAGAACAACUUUCUUAUCAAUACGGAACGACAUCUCAUCGAAACCCAACAAGGCGGGUCGCUCAAUAUUCAGGCCAACCUAGCAAUGAGGAAUUACAAAGUCGGCUGGGUCGACCCACUAUAACGUUCGAAAACGAUACUGGGAUAGUAGCAAUGAGCGACCACCGUCGAAGAUGUGACUUACUCUGUGGUUUCUCUGAUAUUGUACCGGGGGAGCUAUACCUUCAUAGAGAGAGUGGAAAUCAUAGGACGACUCACCUACUUUGGUCAAGAGAUCCUGAAGAUGCUCAACUUGAAACCUGUACCUGCAAUGCAAGAUAUACCAUGACACCGGAAAAACAACUUGAAUUCAGUAGGAAAGAUAUACCUUUUUCAAACUCUUCCAUUGAAGUUUCCUACCAGGAAUCUACCAUACCACCAGACUUAUUAGAUAGAAUCUUUCAAACCGCUCAAGUCAUGUCAAACGUGGAGGUUCAUACUUUGGACAAUUAUGUUGGAUUUAUCCAUUCUCCUAGUACGGGAAACACAUGUUGUCGAUCCAAUUGUCGCUUUGGCGAGAUACGUCCAGGUGAAAUUAGUCUAUCAAGUAGAGAAGGGAAUUCACAUUUGUUUUGGUACGAUCAAGGACCGACUAUUACUGAUUUAGCAUUGAUCACUUGUCAUUCUGUUUUUAACCUUGUGGAGGUUAUAGAGAGGGGUUUGGUCAGAGGUAUACCCGAUUCAACUUAUUGA